CCAAAUUUAGUGUAAACUUAAAAAGGGAGAAUUCCACGUUUUUCUUCUCCCUUUUCCAAGAAUCAUCAAAAGGCUUUUAAGAAUUGAGGAGACAUUUACUAACACUUAUAUUUGAUCAAAAGAGCCUUCUUUGAGAAUUUGAACUUGAACUAAAUAUUACUCCAUCUUCUUUUUUUUUUUUAUCUCCAAGAAAAUGAUAGUAGUAAGAUGGUGGAUGACAACAUUCCAAUUGACAGAGCUGUUUGUGAGUUCUUUGGUUCAUUUGACAUAUGGGCUUUACAUAUUCAGCACAGCUGUGGCCGGUGAUCUUUCCCAGAUUCUGAGCAAUUGGCUUUUCAAGCCAAAUUUGGAAACUAGCCUUAAAACAGAGGACACAAAAGAGGCUACCAGUGCAAAAGAUUUGCCUCCUAUCGUGUUGGUUCAUGGAAUCUUUGGUUUUGGCAAAGGGAGAUUGGGAGGACUUUCGUAUUUCGCUGGUGCAGAGAAAAAGGAUGAAAGGGUUCUAGUACCGGAUUUGGGUUCGCUUACUAGCAUUUAUGACAGGGCACGUGAAUUGUUUUAUUAUUUGAAAGGAGGGCAGGUUGAUUAUGAGGAGGAGCACAGUAAGGCUUGUGGGCAUUCCCAAUUUGGACGAAUUUAUGAACAAGGGUACUACCCAGAGUGGGAUGAAGAUCAUCCUAUUCAUUUUGUGGGGCAUUCAGCUGGAGCACAGGUUGUUCGAGUCUUGCAACAGAUGCUAGCUGACAAGGCAUUCAAGGGUUAUGAGAGCACUUCAGAGAACUGGGUGUUAAGCCUAACAUCAUUAUCUGGAGCACUUAAUGGGACAACUAGAACAUACUUUGAUGGAAUGCAACCUGAAGAUGGGAAGUCCUUAACGCCCGUAUGUUUGCUCCAACUUUGCCGCAUUGGGGUAAUAAUUUAUGAGUGGCUUGACAUUCCAUGGCUGAAGGACUAUUACAACUUUGGCUUUGACCACUUCAGUAUGUCCUGGAGGAGAAGUGGUAUCCGGGGUCUUGUUGAUUGCCUUUUAGGGAAUGCCGGUCCAUUUGCUUCAGGAGACUGGAUACUUCCAGAUCUUACCAUCCAGGGGUCAAUUAAGUUGAAUAGCCACUUACGUACAUUUCCGCAGACAUACUACUUCAGCUAUGCUACCAAGCGUACCACGAAAGUAAUGGGUCUUACAGUUCCUUCUGGCGUUCUAGGGAUACAUCCUCUUCUACUCAUCAGAGUCUUGCAAAUGAGCCAAUGGCGGCAUCCACAAGAUGUUUCUCCUCCGUACAAGGGCUAUAGGGAUGAAGAUUGGUGGGACAAUGACGGUGCUCUGAACACCAUAUCUAUGACGCACCCACGCUUGCCGGUUGAACACCCGAGUCACCUUGUCGUUAAAGAUUCUGAUUGCCAGCCCUUGCAACCUGGCAUCUGGUACUAUAAAAUUGUGGAAGGUGACCACAUUCUUAUUGUUGUGAACCGGGAAAGAGCUGGAGUUCAAUUUGAUUUGAUGUACGACAGCAUAUUUGAGCGCUGCAGGAAGCAUGUCUUAAGAAAGACUCCAACACUCCCAAACCAUAGUUAGGAAGAUAUUCUCUCAAGGGACGGUAUACUACUGCAGUAUCACAUUCUUCUAAUCUUUUACACACUGACCAAAUAUCUAUUUCGCCUUUGAAAUGGAUUUUAAAGUCAAUGUCUCUCAUUGUUCUUUUGUAUGUAAUUAUUAUUACCUCGUAGGCUUUCCGUGGGAAAUGUAAGUAGAGAUUUGGUCCGUUGCACUGUCAAAAAAGAUGAAUAUAGAAUUCCAAAAGAAUACACAACUCAAUGAAGAAAUUUUCUGA